GUCACCACUGACGUCAGUGCCACCGCGCACAGCUGUCAUUCCUGACCCUGGAUCGACGACUUCUGACAUCUGACCUCAGCCCGGACCCGACCCGGACUCAGCCGCAGCCGCAGCCGCGAUGCUGAAGGCCGUGAUUCUGAUCGGAGGCUCCCAGAAAGGCACAAGGUUCCGGCCUCUGUCCUUUGAGGUUCCGAAGCCGCUGUUUCCAGUGGCGGGUGUCCCAAUGAUCCAGCAUCACAUUGAGGCUUGUGCAAAGGUUCCAAACUUGAAAGAGAUCUUGCUGAUUGGGUUUUACCAGCCAAGCGACGAAAUCAAUCGGUUCCUUCUGACUGCACAGCAAGAAUUCAAGAUCUGCAUUAGAUACCUUCAGGAAUAUGUUGCUCUGGGAACCGGCGGAGGCCUGUAUCACUUUCGAGAUCAGAUCCUGUCAGGAAAACCUGACUUGUUCUUCGUCAUGAACGCAGAUGUCUGCUGCGAAUUUCCCCUGACGGAGAUGGUUGAAUUCCAGAAGGAACAGGCCGACUCUUUUGUCAUGUUGGGAACAACGGCCAACAGGAGACAGUCGAUGAAUUAUGGUUGCAUUGUGGAGAAUGAGCAAAGCCAUGAGGUUCUUCACUACGUGGAGAAGCCCAGCACCUUUGUCAGUGACAUCAUCAACUGUGGUGUGUACCUCUUCACUCCCAACAUCUUCCAGUACAUCGGGGAGGUGUUCCGCAAAAACCAGCAGGACCUGGCCAUAGAGGAGAACUCCAACGGCUGGCAGCGAGCCGAGGUCAUCCGGCUGGAACAGGAUAUCUUCACCACCAUUGCCGGCCGUGGCUCUCUCUACGUCUACAAAACCGACGGCUUCUGGAGUCAGAUCAAGUCAGCUGGCUCUGCCAUCUAUGCCAACCGGCUGUACCUGAACCAGUACGAGAGGAGCCACCCAGACCGCCUGGCCAGCAGUGAACAGGGUGGCCCCAGGAUCAUCGGCAAUGUUUACAUCCACCCGACAGCAACAAUUGACCCCACAGCAGUGCUGGGUCCCAACGUCACCAUCAGCAUGGGAGUGACCAUCGGUGCUGGUGUUCGAGUGCGGGAAUCCAUUAUCUUACACGGAGCCUUGCUGCAGGACCACUGCUGUGUGCUGAACUGCAUCGUGGGCUGGGAUAGCGCUGUUGGCAAGUGGUCUCGGGUAGAAGGCACACCCAGUGACCCGAACCCGAAUGACCCCUACGCAAAGAUCGAUAGUGAAACACUCUUCAGUGACGGCAAGCUCAACCCGUCCAUCACCAUCCUCGGCUGUAACGUCAGUAUUCCCGCUGAGGUGAUCAUCCUGAACUCCAUCGUGCUCCCACACAAAGAACUGAACCGCAGCUUCAAGAACCAGAUCAUCCUGUAACCCCCCGGGACUGAGGAGGAGCUCACUUGCUGUGGGAUGCACAGGUGGGGCCAGCCAUUCUGUCAUACAAUCCACUCGUCACCUUUCUCUCGCUGUGUUCCAAGUUUAAUCAUUCUUCUCAGCUCUUCCUGGCCCGUGGACAUCCCCACACCGCGGGGGUUUGGACUGUACCUCUGUUCUGCACAUACCCCUGCCCCACUGUACACCAGAUCACUGUGUUAGGGACGUGGGAGUUCAAGCCCACUGAUGCCCUUUGUAGGUGCCUGAUCCCUGUCCAGACACAGCCACCCAUCCCUCUCAGCGUCAAAGAGGAUGAUGGCUGUGGGAGUGACUAUUGAAUCUUAAAUAAAUAAAGAGAUUUUCCCUUUGAGAGCA